AUGCCAUCCGACCUUUACGCCUCAGUCGGCGGCGGUGGCCUCAAGCUGAAGGGCGCCAAGGUCGGCAAGCCGAAAAAGAAGAAGAAGGAGAAGACCGACCUCGAGAAGAAUCUCUCCGGCGGCGAGUCCUCCACAGCCGUCGCACGGCGCAACCCCGCGACCGAAGAGGAGAAUGCCGACGAGAAGAAGAAGGGGAAGAAAGACGACGACGAGCACGCCGAAGAUACCGAGGAGCACGAGGAAGAGUCGGGGAGUCGCAAGACGGAAGCAGAGAGGCGGUUCGAGGAGAGGAAGCGCAAGAGACUACUCGAAAUGUCAGGGAAGUCUGGAAGGCCAGAACUAAUGAAGACGCACAAGGAGCGUGUCGAGGAGCUGAACACGUACCUGUCCAAGUUGAGCGAGCAUCACGACAUGCCCAAGAUCGGGCCGGGCUAG